AUGUCAGCGCCUUCAAGAAACGCAGCACCUGCUGCCGCCGCCGCCGAUAAGGAGGCACCCGUCGCCACCGACGCCAAGUCCACCCCUCCAAAUCUCUCCUCGGCCCAGGCCGAUAUCCCCGAGCCCGCGGCGCCCAUCUCGUCCUGCCCGCCCGGUACCGUCCUCAACGGCCUGAACUACUUGAAGAACAAGACGGACCCCAUCGCCCUCCCCGAUGAGGAGUACCCCGACUGGCUGUGGACGAUCCUCGAAUCCAAGAAGGAGGCCAUCGAGUCCACAGAAGACCUCUCUGCCGAGAUGUUUUCCAAGUCCAAGAAGCAGCGCAAGGCCGCCGCCAAGCGCCAAAAGGCCCUCGAGGCAAAGGUUCUGGCCUCGGGUGAUGUAGAGGCUCUCGCGCCCAAGGUCCCGCUGCCGCAGCAGUCCAUCAACCUGCCCGGAGAGAAGGGAGGUGACAUCGAGCACAACUUGGAGGCUGCGACCAAGAGAGACGAGCUGCGCAAGGCGAUGCGCAAGGAGCGCAAGGCCAAGAUCAAGGAGUCCAACUACCUCAAGUCCAUGUAA